AUGGCGUCCGACGACGAGCGCGAUAGCCAUCGGCGCAGACACAAGGACGAUCGUGAAGAUGAUCACGAGAGGUCAUCUCGCAGAGACAGGCGAAAGGAUUCAGACCGCCACAGCCACCGCCGGAGAUUAAGAGACACCCGCGACAGAGACGAAGGUCGGGAUAGGGAACGAACCCGUGACCGUCGACGCUCCCGCACACCAGAGGAUUCUAGCAGACGUAGACGAAGCCGCGACAGAAAACGAGAUCGAAGCCGAGACCGCGACGGAGACGGAGAUCGCCGUCGCAGGCGGAAUCGCGAAGACAGAAGCCCCAAGCGCCGACACCGUGGAGACGACGACCGGGAAGACAGUGAUCGCAAACGCAAGCAUGAGGGAAGAGCAAGCCCGCUCAGGAGAGACGGACCUCUUCCUUCCCAAGGCGAUGCCUGGGCGGUCACAAAGGGCGAAGAGCCGGAGAAGCCAAAGGAGAAGCCAAACUUUGGAAACUCAGGUGCAUUAGCUGCAGCCUCCAAUUCGGUCACGCAAGCCGACGGGUCGAGCAUCGCCCUCAAAUACCACGAGCCAGGAGAGGCACGCAAACCUUCGCCGAAAGACCAGUGGAAACUGUUUGUUUUCAAGGGCGACGAGGUUCUGGAUACGAUAGACCUCGGCUUACGAAGCUGCUGGCUGGUUGGCAGAGACGUGGCCGUGGUAGACCUGCCUGCAGAGCAUCCCAGCAUCAGCAAGCAGCACGCAGUCAUCCAGUUCAGGUACACAGAGAAGAGGAACGAGUUUGGAGACAAGGUCGGCAAAGUCAAGCCGUACAUCAUUGACCUGGAGAGCGCCAAUGGGACGAUACUGAAUGAGGAAAAGAUACCGGACAGCAGAUAUCUGGAACUCCGCCCCAAGGACAUGAUUCAAUUUGGAGACAGCACUCGCGAGUAUGUGAUAAUGCUGGCGCCAAGGGACUGA